CCUUGUUGUUAUACAAUAAUAUAAUAGUAACUCUUACUAAUUUCGUAAUGGAUUUCUUAGCCUUUGGUUCAUAGCGUUACGGCUCAAGUGGCUUGCGCACAAUUGAGCUUCUUCGUAUAUUCACAAGUGUUUUGUAUUUGUCGGAUCUUAACUUAUGGUAACCAGUGUAAAAGACUCAAAUCAAACACAUGUGCCACAUGACAAUUCUCAUUUCUGUAUUCUAAUGGUCGUUUGUUGGUACGCUUUAUUCCAUCUAUUCGCCAGAUGGUCAGAAUAGUUCGAUGCGAAUAUGAGAAAAAGACGUUGCGUGAGAUUAAAGGUUUGAAAGAAAGAUACGCACUACGACUGUUGUGCGUGUAUCUCGCUUAUUACACGCAGCAACUUUUGUCUCGGCAACUCUUGGUUUAUAGGCGAGGGGGCGACGAGGAGAGGAGAAUCGCGCCGAGUUUCCAGUGUUCAGCAACUCGCUUUGUGUUCUCAUUCGUAGCAGUUCGCUGCGACGUUUUUCGGCAUUCGUGUUCUUUCUUUCGUAGUACAUAGUUGCAUUUGAGUGUAUUUUUUUUUGAAAUUAAUAUUUUGAAUAUAUUUAAAAAAUUUAAUAUCAUCUUUUGGCAAAUAAUUUGCAAAUAUGUAUACAGAUAUACAUAAUAUAAUAUAAAUAUUUUAGAAAAUGGAGAAAGCCAUACAAAUUGAUUCAGACGAUAGUGAAAAGGGUGAUAUAUGUGAAAGUCUGUCAUAUAAUCUUUGUUUUAAUUUUGAAUUAUAAAUAAAAUGUAUUUCUUAAUUGACAGAACUGAUUAAUAUAUGUGAUAGAGUGGAACAAAUAUCUAUAAGAAAAAAGAAACGACAAUGGGUUAAAGUAAAGAGUAGACAAUGGGUUAAAGUAAGGUGAAAGAGAAUGAGAAAAAAACUCGAACAGAGUUGCGCAACACAAGUUGCUCGUGUGAAGGUAAUGGACGACAGCAAAAGAGAAUCGCCCGAGAAUUAGCAACAAAAGUUGCUUCAUGUAAUAGCGCUCUAUGCUUGAGCCACUGCGGAAGACAAAGACACAAGUAUGUUCGUGCAACAUUUUCUGAAUGGCAUUCUCGGUAUGCUAAGAAUGUUGGCGGCAUUCUCAAGUUGACUGUGGCGUGGGCAAGUAUACUCGCCAUAUACAAUCAGUGUAAAAUAUGGAAGUAAAUAACGAUAACCCAACAUAUUCAUGAAUGUCAGAGAAUCCUAAGCAAAGAUUCAUAAGUAUUGUGAGCUCAUAAGCAGCUCACAAGCCAAAACUCUCUCUCUCAUAAUUGUAAGUGAGCAGUAUUCACACUUAUACUCAUUGCGUGAAUAAUUUGCUUGCUUCAUACUCAAUUUUUCGCAAGUGGCUCAAAGUUGUGUUUAACUCACUCACUGCAGAUCACUGAGUGGAAAUACCAAAUAUUCAUUUUCGCUAGUUCUUUCGCCACUUCGUGGCGAAUUAACCUCAGUAUAUACAGUAGACAACCUUUGCUUUGUUUACAUACAUACAUAUACUCACCUCUAAGAAAUCUUAGGGUGUUGUGUAACAGAAGAAUGCCGAAAUCUUGUGUGGGUGGAUGUGCGGCAGCUGAAGCAAGGUAUGAAUUUAUUUUGGAAUAUGUGUUAGGUAUUUUAUUGAUACUUGGGUAAAUUUUUAUAUAUAUGCGUAUAUAUGUACAUUCAUCAAAUAUUUAAGGGGCUAUACCAGUGCUACCCAUGGAAAAUUAGACGAAUUUCGUGAUUUUUUAAAGAAAGUACUCAGUCGAAUAUUUCGAAGUUCUUUGGACUUAAUAAGAUAUAUUUUCGGCUAUAUUUUAAGUUCCUUUUUUUACAAAAAUAUUGAAUAAUAACGAAGUUAUGUGCUGUCUUCGGAGGUUCCGAAAAAAAUGUCUUUUUUAGGUAAACAAUUGUCGUUUUUUAAUGGCAAAUUGACAAUUUUCAACCAAUCAAAAAGAUCAUAGGUCAUUGUAUAGUAAAUAAUAUACUAUAGAAUACUCAGUUUCAAUUUGAAGUCGAUUGGUCAAUAUCUCGUUGACUUCUGAUGUCAGCAAUUUUGAAAACGUCGUUUAAACUAUCAAAAAAAAAAUGAAAAAAAACGAUUUUUUGAAAGUGUCACACUGGCAUAGCCCCUUAAUGCGUAUUAGUUCUUAUGCAUACAUAAAAAUGUGCAUUAAAAAAAUUUGGCGAUGUCUGGUUCCACGGACAUUUCCUAUUGUAUAAAACCUAUGUUCACUCCAAUUAUUAAACUUUAAAUAAAAUAUUUAGUAACUUUAUACAAACUAAACUUUGUUUUGAUUUAUUUUAAAUGUUCGAAUAUGGAAAGCUGCACCUUUUAUGUUUUCUGUCGGUCAAAUGUAAACAAAUACAUUCAGAAGAAAACUCACCACCGAGAAAUCUAAAAACAGGGCUGCUUUUUAUUAACAAGAACUCACUACAUAAAGAAUAUCUGACUAUCAGUAAAUGAUAUUUUUAUGGACGAAACAUGACACACUAUGACGUUUAAAUCACAUAUUAGUAAAUAUAUGUCAUUAUAGUUUUGUUAUUUAAUAGAAUAAAUUUGCUAAGUAUUUACUACCUCAAUUUAUACAGCACUGCGUUGCUACCACUGAAAAUCCAAGAUGGCCGCUGUUCACCCCUCAGAAAGCUACCACGAAAAGGUUAUCUACUGUAUAUACUGUGGAAUUAACUAUGCGCUCUUUACUCGCAAUUCGAAAUAGCGAAAUUCGCCUAGAAUUUCAUUCGCUUCGCUGGUGACAAUACCAGCCUAAAUAAUAGUGGUCUUGUACGUUCUACUUUUUCAAGCUUGCUUCAAGCUAAUGAGGAGUGUCUUUUCAAAAGAGGAUAUCUACAUUUUGGCGGGUAUUGUCACUUGCGAAGCGAAUGAAAAUUUUGGCGAGUUUCGCCGUGGCGAAUUGUAAGUUGCGAAUCUCUAACGAAUUCGCCAGAAAAUGGCGAACGAGUGGCGAAAAUAAAUUUCUGGUAUUGCCACUGGCGAAAAAACGUCAUUCAAAAUUUGACGAAUGCAUUUUUUAUUCGCUAUUUGAAUUGGAAAAGACAACAAAACGUACAACAACGCAACAAUUCCAAAAAUUGGUUGCGUUAAUGGAAAAUAAUCCGGACGUCGCCAGAGGAAUGGGGAAUUUUGGAUCGACGAAGAAAAGCAGGGCAGAGCAAUGGGACCUGUUCGCUGCCGAACUCAAUGCCAUUGGUCCACAAUUGCGAAACGGACGCGAGUGUAAUAAGAUUAUAAACUAAAACUAAAAAAAAAAAUAGCGACAAACCGACGUGAAACUGUUGCUACAGGAGGAGGACCUUAUGCUCAGGAAAGGCAAGCCGAAGUUCAAGACAUCCUUUCCAACAAAAUUUCAAAAAUGGAAAAAAGUAGAUGAAAUUGCAAGGUAUAGUAGGAGCAGAGGUAGAAACAGCUCCUCCUACCACUCCGUGGUUCCUCGAAAAAGUGAAAAAACGUGCUCCAAAGAAUAUUCUUAGUGAACUUAAAGAUAUACAAAAGAAAAGAGAACAGUUUUUUGGGCAACGAAUAGGAAUUGAAAAAAGGUAAAUUUGGAAAAGUUAAAGCUAGAAUUGGACAGAGAAGAGUUAAAUAAAGAUUUUGAAAUAAAAAAAUUGGAGUUAGAGCAAAAAGAAAGACUGGCAAUGAUUGAACUAAAGUACAAAUAUAAUAUAUAACAAUUUCAUAUGUUUUGUAUAUACAACAUUAUAUAUAUGUAUAUAUAUAUUUAUAUAUAUAAAUGAAAAAUGAAUUUUUGAUUUAAUUAUAAUUUUUAAUUUAAUAAAACAGUUUUUGGAAACAUAAAAUGAUAUAACGAUUGUCUUUUUAAUUCAAAGCUAUUUGAGAUCGUUUCUUCCACUUCUUCUUCAUAAAUGUCUUCAUUUUUACUCUCGUUGAAAUUCUUAUUUUCACUAAUAUCAAGUAGUAUAUAUCGUCACCUGAAAUGCAAAUUAACGUAACAUCAAAAAAUUCGAAAUUGGUUUUUUUAUUGAUUACGAUUCACCACAUCAUAUUACAUAAGUGUUAAAAAUUUUAGGCUUCUGCGGUCCAAAAUACCCAAGUUUUAUUAAAAAUUCAAAAAAACGUAUCAACAAGUGCAUGAUUUCCUUAAACAAAAUAACGUAUCAUCACUUAUGUAAAACUAACAGAGUUUUUUUUUUAUAACGGAGUUAGCCUUGAUUUAUUGUUAUGUUUGUUUCUAUUAGUUAUGUUCAAUGUGCUUUGGUGAUAUAAUUUAAAUGGUUUUUAUACUGAAAGUUAUAAAACAGGUAAAAAAGAAAAGUGUUGUGAAAUAACAAGAUGUGUUCCAUAAUUAAAGAUGCUGAGAAUAAUAAAGAAAAUUUGCAAGGUUUUAAAAAAAUUAACAAAAGGGAAGAAAAUUUAAAAAAUCGAAUGUAUGGUAAACAAUAUGAGAGCUUAUCAAAAGGAAAUAUUUGCGAAAGGAAAGCACGAGAAAUAAAAGCAGCAUGCACAUCUAAUUAUUGUGUAAAAAGUUCAACUCGGCAUUGUUCUCUUUAUUCGGAAAAUGUGCGGAAGGAGAUAUUUGAAAAUUUUUGGCAAAUGUCAUGGGACCAAAAGAAAGUUUAUGUAAUAAGCAGUGUUAAAGUUCAUGCUUCAAAAGCGGAUUUAUGUGGAAAACUCCCGACGUUCAUAUUCAAAAUCCUAUUUUUUGCAUCAUAAAAGAGUACGUCAUCAAGUGUGCAGUAAAAUGUUUUUGUCAACCCUUGGUAUUUCGGAAACUAUGGUAAGGAGUUGGUUGAGUUCCAGUGAACUUUAUAGCACUCAAUUGGGUCCUGAAAAUAAAAAAAUUUUGCAAGUGGAAAAUCGAAGAAACACAAAACGGGAAAAAACCCAUCAAGAUAGAUUAAAUUUUUUAAUUAAAUGGUUGGAAGGCAUUCCGAAACUAGAAUCCCAUUACCGACGUCAGUACACAAAUAAACUGUAUUUUCAAUCAGAAUUUAAAUCGUAUGCAAAUGUCUAUGAAGUUUAUUCUCGAGACUGUAAAUCGCAUAAUGCAAAUGGUAUCGCUCCUAUAUCCUUCCCAAAUUUUAUGAAAUUUUUAAAUAAAAAUAAUUUAUCGAUUUUUAAACCAAGAAAUGAUAUGUGUGACACUUGCAUAUCGUUCGAAUCAAAAAAUAUCUCAGUGGAACAAUAUGAUAUCCACAGAAAAGAUAUAAAGAAAAUGAGAGAAGAAAAAAAUAAUGACAUUGAAAGAGCUAAAGCGGGCUUAUGCUCUUUAUUAUGUAUGGACAUGCAAGCGGUAAAGCUUAUUCCGCAGACAAAGGCAAAUUCAUCUUAUUACAAAAUGAAACUUCAAGUUCAUAAUUUUACUAUAUAUAACGUUAUUACUCAUAAAUCUGACAACUAUGUCUGGGAUGAAACUGAAGGCAGUCUUGUUGCUUCGACUUUCGCAACAAUUAUAAUAAAGCACAUAAAGAAAGAAGUACUUAAUAUGCCAAACAUCCAUCACUUUAUUUCAUAUUCUGAUGGCUGCUUUUAUCAAAAUCGGAAUGCAAUAUUAUCCAAUGCCUUAAUAUCGUUUUGUGUAGAAAACCACAUUACCAUUGAUCAUAAGUAUUUAGUCGUGGGGCAUACACAAAUGGAAUGUGACUCUACUCACUCAUUAACACAACGCAAAAUAAAUAAUAAACAAAUAAAUUUGCCCUCCCAACUAGUUGAACUAAUGAAAGACGCACGAAAAAAUCCAUAUCCACUAGUUGUUCAUCACCUACAACACAGUUAUUUUCUGGAUUAUGAAAAUCUUCCAAAGCGGUAUUCAUCUAUUCGACCAGGUAAUAAAGUUGGAGACCCCACAGUAAAUAUGAUUCGUGCUUUGGCAUAUGAUACAACGGGAUCCAUAUAUUACAAAACCUGUUUUAAGGACGAGUAUCAGCUUCUUCCACAAAGGACUGUCAGGAAUUUUUAAAUUCAGCAGCCUAAUCUUUUGCACCCGCAAAGGUUAACGAUAACCAAGAAGAAAUGGCAACAUCUGCAGGACCUAAAGGCCUUGAUUCCAGCAGACUGUCAUUACUUUUAUGAUAAUAUACGUUUUGAAUAAUUAAUUGUUUAAUAAACAAUUAUUAAACAUUGUCCUCAUUUUUACUUGAAAUAUUUUAAUUUAUUUUAGUACUUAUGUACAC